CUGUGCGCACGUUGCUUGUGUGCAAAACUGGUGGGCUUAACGCAAGGUGCUGAAAGUGGCGGGAAAAUUUGUUAAAGAUUUUAGCGACAGCCACAACUCAGAGAGAGAGAGAGAGAGGCGGAACGAUUUAAGGAGCUAGAGAGCAGUGAACAGAAAGAGAGGGAGAGAGAGAGAGAGCGGGGUAGUGCAACACUGAGUGGGUUGAUUAGAAUCAAAACAGGUAGUCGCAGCAAGCAGCUGAGCAGUUGCAAUAAUAGUCAGCCAGGCCGUCGGUCUCAAUAGGCAUGCGAAUCAUUAAACGAAUCAUUUGCUGAGUGUAUAUGAAUCGUUGUGAAUAAUAACUCAAUCGCUGUCAUUGCUUUUGCUGUUAUCAAAACGGCGCAAAUGGGUUCGAGUGUGUGUGUGUGUGUGUGUGUUUAGGGCCAAGAAUGGCAAGAACUUGUUACAAUAAAAACAUGUACAGCCAAAUUGUCUGUUAUUCUUACUCUACCUCGAUGCUUGUUAUUGUUGUUAUUGUGGAUAUAAUAAUAUGAAAAGCAAACAAUGUUGCUAAUGUCGUUGUCGUUGUCGUUGGCGUUGACGUCGACCACAAAUGUCACGAAAGCAAAUACAACAAUAAAAGCGGCCAGUGUUUUAUUAGGUUUCACAAAAUAUACAUAGUUAUGACAACAGCAACAGCAACAGCAACAAAAAUAUCAACUGCGAAAAGCUCUCUGUCGUCGCCAGCUUCAGCUGCUGUUGCUGCUGCCUCUGUUGUUGCUGAGACAGCAGCAACACUAACACAGACGCAGCCCAAAGCACUUUGUAACGGAGCACCGAAUUGUACUGCAACAACAACAGCCAGUGGAACGAAUAUGACCACCUCAACGCCCAGCAGCAGCAAUAGCACCACCAACACCACCAGCAACACCACCAGCAGCAACAACGACAACAACAAUCGACAAGGCGACGUUGAGCGAGCAACCUCAGCAACAACUUUAUACAACAGCAACAGCCCGACAGCAACAGCAGCAACCAUAGGAUCAACAAAUCGUGUCAUGCAAGCGGACGAGGAUUUCAACAUACGAUUCGUUAAUUUGGUGCGCACGUAUCGCUGUCUGUAUGACAAGAAAGUGCCGGAGUAUCGCAACAGAGACAACCAGGAGAAAGCCUGGGCACUUAUUUCAAAGGAGACGCGUGAGAGUGUUAUUCACUGCAAGGAGAGAUGGCGGAAUCUGCGUGCGUGCCUUUCGCGCUACAUCAAACAGCAGAGCGGCUCUGAGCCGCAGCAUAAACCUUAUUAUCUGACCGAGCACAUGGCGUUCCUGCUGCCGUUCCUCAAGUCCUCGCGUAAUUCACUGGAUGGCAAUAAUAGCUUGGCGACGCUCUUUCAGUUCUCCCAGCAGCAUCUGCAGCUGCAUCAGCAACAGCAGCAUCAACAGGAACAUUUGUACUGCAACAACAACAACAACAACAACAACAGCAUUGUCCUAAAUGAAUCCCUGGAGCUUAAGCAGUCGCUAUCUGAGAACGAUGAUGAGGAAACAAUUGAUGCUUUUGAUCCAGCCAUAGCCGCAACACUGGGCCUGCAGCGCGCGGUUCCUACACCGGGAUCUAAUGUAAUGGCAGUUCCCGGCUCGCCAGCCCGUAGCGAGACGGCUAGCGCGAAUAGCCUUCAGAAUUUUAUACCGGAUGUGCAGCUGGCAGAGUCUGGCCCGGAUUUGGUAUACAACGAUGCUUCCUCCACACCAGUGCAUCAUAAGCCGCCACAUUCCCACAACCAUGCGCUACACGGCCAUCACCAUCAGCUCCAACAGCUUCAACAGCAGCAGCAGCAGGCGGCGCACUUCGAGCAAAGCGGUGCCAAGAGGAUCAAGACCGAGUGCGAAGCCACCACGACCAGCAGUGGCGUCGCCUACUUCGGCGAGCUCAGCGUCACAGAGCACACAGACAUGGAAUUCUUUCGCAGCAUUCUGCCGGACAUUGCAGCACUGACGCCGCAGCAGCGUCGCAAGUUCAAGAUUGGCAUACUCGAGCUAAUUGACGAGGUCGUGGAGCGCUACCCAUCCCAGGAGCGUUACAAUGGCGGCGUGCUCAACGGCAGUGGCGGCAACAGCAGCGGCAGUGCCGUUGGCGCUGGCGGUGGAGGCGGCAGCGGCUCGGCAAGCAACAGUGCAUCCGGCAGGCAGCAGCGGCGCAAUUCUGGACGGGAUUGGCGCAAGUAAACAGAAAUCCUUAAAUCUAAAUAUAAGAAGUAUAGUUAGGUAUUCCAGAAAUGGUUGAUGCCAAGAGUUGAGAAGCUUAAGCUUGGAAAGCCAACAAUAAGAAAACAAAUAGCGUAUUGAAACAAUUUUUUUUUGAUUGGAUUUUUUUUUAAGAAAAGCCCAAGUAUAGCUUAAAUGAAUAUUGCCUUGAUCGGCUACUGAGAUUUCAAAAUUUCCUAUGAAUGGUGCAGUUCUAUAAUAAUUAAUAUCCUAAAAUAAGCAAAGCAAAAAAUGCCAUAACUUUUCAAUUCAAAUUACGAAAUUUUAUCUUUAAGACAUCUAGGAUUUUACUUUAUGUUUAUUGAAUUCUGAGUUGAGUCUAUGAGACCAUAUACAAAAAUAUUUGAUUCAUUUCUGCACUUGGAAAAUAUAAAUUCCGUUAAGAACGCGUUACUGUCCUCAGCUUGCCAUGGUUAGCUUCUCAACUCUUGGGCUAUUCGCCGCUCAGUGUCCAUGUGUCGUGUGCUCAAUGUGUUAUUUCUAGAUAUCAAUUACCUAAAAUGCGGCAGCUGAUGCCACAGGCUUUUGGCUGCUGCAAUGCUAACUGUUGUUUAUAUAGAGAAUUUAAUGUGUAAGCAGCUUUGUAUAUAGAAAUGGAUGUUAUGCAUAGUGCGUAAAUAGGCUAGGCUAUAAGAUUGAUGUACAAAAUCGUUGCAGAUUAGACUUAGGCAAUCAGGAGCUAGCAAUUUCUAAGCUCACAAACAAUCGUGUCAAAGAAUUAAAUGAAUGUAUGAAAAUAUUA